AUGCUAACAAGAUCCAGGAUUCAACGAGGCGAAGGCAAGCUUGAAGAAUAUAAUCCUAAGAUCGGAAAACGAAGAACUAAUCCACCAUCACAGAUGGAAGGAAAAGGUGGUGAAGAAGGUUCCGAAGAUAAGAGUAUUCAGAAGACUCUUCAAAAUUUGGAAACCAUUGUACAAGUUUUAGUACAAGAGAGAGAGGACAAGAUGCGAAGACGUGCAGCUCGUGAGAACAAAGGGAAAAGACCAAGAGGUGACCAUGAGCCUCCAAAAACACCCCCAUCUCCUUCUUCUCCUUCUUCCCCGUCUUCUCCCUCUUCUACUCAUUCUGAGUCUUCUUCUCUUUUCAAGAGUUCACAUAAGCCUAAGAUUAAAUUGGAUGUAAAAUUUGAUCUACCAAAGUAUUGUGGGGAAUUAAAUGCUGAAAAAUUAGAUGAUUGGAUUCAACAGGUUGAAGUCUAUUGUAGAGUCCAAAACCUCUUAGAUGAUGCCGAUAGGAUCCAGUUAGCUACUCUUCAGUUAGGAGGUACAGCUCUAACCUGGCAAGGGAAAGGUCAGUCUGUCCAGGAUUACACCCAUGAAUUCAGAAAGAAGGCUAUUGCAUUAAAUGUUCCAUUGUAUACCCAGGACACGUUGCUUAAGUACAUAGGUGGUCUUCACUCUUAUCUGAGACAUUCAAUUUUGGUCUUGAAUCCUAGUAACUUAGAUGAAGUCUGUGUUCAAGCCACACACCUAGAGUCAAGAGGUAAGGGUUCUUUUAUUGAUAAGUCUGAUAAGAAGCCAUCUAAGUCUGAGAAUAAAUCCCAAAACAAAGGGAAGGGGAAAAAGAUAGCUACAGUGAAGAAAGAGGGUGAAAAACCCACAUGCUCACAUUGCACGAAAGAAGGGCAUGAUGAUUCUAGGUGCUGGAAGCUGCACCCUGAAAAGAGGCCAAAGAGAUAUGGUGGAAACAAAGACAAACAAAAGACUGUUGCUAUAGUUCAACAGGAUCUUGGAUCUGACUCUGGCGAUGAGACAAAGAUUGUUGCUGCUGAAAUCCAUGGUAAAGAAAAAGGUAGGUCCCUCUCAUCAGCUACAAGUUCUUCUAAUAUAAGUGCAAGUACAAGUAAAGAUUCUACUCCUAAGAAUGAUAAGCAAAGGAAUAAAUUAUUUUAUAUUCGGGUUGUUAUCAAACAUACUAAAGUUGAUACAUUAUUUGAUACGGGUUCUCAAGUUAACUUGAUAUCUGAAGAAAUUGUUAGAAAGCUUAACUUGACUACAAUACCUCAUCCAAAACCAUACCCUCUGGGAUGGGUUUGCAAUGAUUCACAAUUGCAAGUAACUAAACAAUGUAAGAUAAGAUUUGCUAUCACUGCAAACUUUGUAGAUGAGGUAGAAGCUGAUGUAGUCCCUUUAGAUAUUUGUGGCCUUGUACUUGGGAGUCCUUAUCUAUAUGACCGACAAGCUAUAUUCUAUAGGGGGGAGAACAAGUAUCAUCUUUUUAAAGAUAAGAUUGAAUACAUUGUACGGGCACAUAAGAAAAAGACUAAUCUUGCACUAGUUAAUGCUGGUCAAAUGAAAAGGUUGGUCAAUUCUAGUAAGAACUUUGUGUUAAUGCUUGUAAAAGCCAAAGAAGAUGAAACAUCUGAGGCAUUUAAAGGAUGUGAUCCUAAACAUAAGGCUGAAAUGGUCAAAGUUGUUUCUGCUUAUGAUGACUUGUUUCAGGAACCAAAAGGAUUGCCUCCUAAGAGAGAGAUACAACAUGAGAUCCAGUUGCAGCAGGAUGUGCCACUUCCAAACAUUAGCAUGUACCGGUUGUCAGUCUUGCAAAAUGAAGAGAUCAAAAAGCAGGUUCAGGAGCUGGUUGAGAGAGGAGUUAUUCAUCCUAGUACAUCUCCUUGCGGUUCUCCUAUUGUGUUGGUUCCAAAGAAAGAUGGGACUUGGAGAAUGUGCAUCGACUACAGAGCUUUGAACAAGAUAGCGGUAAAGAACAAGUACCCUCUUCCUAGAAUUGAUGAUUUACUUGAUCAGUUGAAACAUGCAAUUUAUUUCACUAAGUUAGACUUGCGUAGUGGAUAUCAUCAGAUACAAAUUGCAGAAAAUGAUAUUUGA